CAUUCACUGAACCAGAUGGAUUGGAAACGCUUCUUCAACCCAAAAACUCACCAAAAUCCCAAUACAAUGUCCAUGUUGGAUCAAGUGAUGAACAUGACCAAGGGUGCAACCGAUGGAAUUUCUAGGGUUAGCAAGCAAGUCAAUACUUCGUUUAGGAUGUUGGGAACUUCAAGUAUUCAGGGCGCGGUUGGAUAUGGAAUUGGUUUUCGCCAUGGUUUUGGACUUGGCAUAUCAAUGAGAUCAGGGAUGGAUAAACUUCAAUCUAGUGUAGUAGAACCAAUGACAAAGAUGACUGGCCUUAUUCCAGGUUUACCAUCUGGUCAGGGUGCAUUGCCGAUGCCAGCAUCCUCAAAGAAUGUUCCAAGCAAGGUUCCUACCGACAAAGUUUGUGCUGAAAACAUGAUGCAAUCGGUAACUAAAUCAACAGAUAAAAUAUCUGCAGGAAGCAUGAUGCAGCAGGCAACUAAACCAUUUGACCAAAUUUCUCAAGAAAGUUUCAUGAAGUUUGCAAAUAAAUCAGUCAACCAACUAUCACAAGGUCUUGUAGGGUCUCAACCUACAAAAAAUGAUUCGGCCUUUGACUGCCAGACAGAGAAGGUUAUUAUUAGUAACUUUCCACAAACUCCAUCAUUGAACCAAAAACAGGUUGGACUUAUGGAGUCAGAAAACAAACUACUUCAGACGGUUAUGAAACAGCGAGAAAUGAUUGAUGAACUUAGGGAGGAAAAUGAGAAGCUCUGCCAGAUACUACAAGUGAAGGACCUGAAAAUACCAUGCACCAAGCUUCAGCCAAGUUCUUCAGAUCCAAAUUUUCAGACAUUCCCUUCACCGGAAGUUAUUGAUAACAACAACGGUGGUUCUAGGCCUUCCGGUGAUGCUUACGGUACAUUGCUAACUUCAAAAGGAGAGAAUGGUAAAGAAAUUUUUUAAACAUAACUUCUUUGUGGUAACAGGUACUUUUCCAAUUUCAAGAGGAAAACAAAAUGGCAGUGAAAAAGAGUAGAGCCAAAAGAAAAAAACCCUACAUCGUGACGUGGAAUUUCCAUGCAUAAAUUAUUACUUCAAUAAAAAAGAUUAUGUUUUUAAUACUGCAACACCUUUUUUUUUUUUAAUGAGUGAAUGUGGAAUAUUGCAUCAAUAAUUUCUGAUAAAUAGUUUUGUUUAGUUGUGAUCAUGGAUCCCGUAACAAAAAAAGCUAAAGUUUGAUACUCACAGCUUUUACAAUUUGAAUUCAUUGGGGGUGGAAUCUAGUGCUUUAUUUUGUGUGGUACAAAAUUCUUCAUGUGUAAUUUUAUCAUAAAUGAAUAAAUU